GAAUUUUGUUAUCGUGUAUCGUGAGGAACUGGGUAUCCAUUCCAAAUUACAACCGACCUUUCUCCUCAUUCCGGUUUCCCUGCAAUUUCCCUUUUCACACAAAAUUCAUUCUAUAAAUUAAACGCCAUGCUUUCUCAUAACUUCCAUUCCAAUUCCAUCACUUCUUCUUUGCAAUUCUCAGCUUCGUCUUACGAUCUCGAUUAUUCCCCGCGUUUCGUAUCGUUAUUGAUUUUCCGUCAUGAGCCAAUAUCGCCAACAAGAAAUUCCCAUGGGUUAUCCGACGCCGCCGCCACCGUCGUAUCCGGCGGGAGUGCAAGAUAAUGAGGGGAAGUCGGCCGGGCCUUAUGUUGCAGCUCCGCCUCCGGUUGGGUAUCCGGUGAGAGACGGUCCACAGUACCCUCACCAAACUAAUUUCACUCCCCAAACUCAAUCAAGAGGAGAUGGCUUCUGGAAAGGAUGCUGUGCUGCGUUGUGUUGCUGCUGGGUAUUGGACUGUGUCUUUUGAGGAUGCUGACUUAGCUACAUCGGUGAUUGUUGGAUUGGUUGAGACGAGACUCAUUUUUUCAGUUUUAGUUUAGUUUUGCUAUAUUGUAUUGUUACUCUUUUAUUAUGUAUGCCCUGCUGUCUUUUAGGCCUUUAUUCUUUUGUAUUUGUACUGUGUAUUUUCAGUAUUAUUCCAUUCUCAUUCUUUUAUUAUAAAUAAAUUUUGUUAUGUAAUACUAUUGCUCCCAUUCUUACCUAUUUUCAACCACAUUUCUGUAUAUUUAUUGUA